ACUUGUUUGUAAGUUCUCAAAGGCACUAUAGUGUCCUGAGUGUUUUGUGAAUUUAUGUUAGUGUUUUUCCUAUUUUUCCUUAAAUCUUUUGUGUGAACUCAUGGUGAAAUGCUUCUUUUCGUGCUUGCAAUUUGUGCUUGUGUACUUGUUCUUCAUCACUUCUGGACAAAUUGGGAGCUGUACAAGCUUUCAUGGGUGAUGCCAGGACCGUUCAUGAUCCCCUUUCUGGGGAAUGCCCAUACCAUCAUCGGAAAGACACAUGAAGGUCUUCUAGAGUUACUGAAUUCAGUGGUAGCCAACUACCCUAGGCCAUUGAUGAGAUACUGGUUAGGGCCCAAACUCUACGUUCUAAUAAGAAAGCCUGAGGAUAUGCAGACUGUUCUAAAUGCUCCUGAAUGCCUCAAUCGCGAUGAUGUAUAUAAAUAUGUGACCAAUCUUGCUGGCAAUGGAUUAGUCGCAUUACCAGUUGACACGUGGAAAGAACACCGAAAAUACCUCAACCCAACCUUCAGCCUUAAGAUCCUUCAGAGUUACAUGCCAAUCUUCAACAAAGAAUCUCAUACCCUUACUAAUCGCCUUAAGGACUUCAUUAGGAAGCCUGCAUUUGAUAUCUACCGGUUUAUGGAUGCAUGUACUUUGGACAUAGUUUGUCAGACAACCAUGGGGAGCGAGAUGAACAUUCAAAAGAAUCAAAACAGCGAGUAUUUAGAGGCCGCCAACAAUUUACUCUCAAUAAUUACCACACGCAUUUUCAAUCCACUUUUGCAUUCGGAUCUCCUAUUCCGUUUCACCAAAUGGUACAAAAUCGAGAAGAAAAGCAUCAAUAUCGUAUUUGGAUUUGUAGAUAAGAUUCUUCAAAAUAAAAAGAAAGAAUAUCAAUUGGUUCAGAAGAAGUACUCCAAGGAGGAAGAUGAAGAGAUUUCAUUUAAAUCACCUCAACUCUACAUUGAUCAACUUCUUAAACUGUCGAUGGAAGGGAAUUUAUUUAACGAUGAAGAUGUUAAGAAUGAAUCUAACACUAUAAUUUCAACGGGCUUCGAGAGCACGGCACUAAUCACAUCAUACUGUGUUCUAAUGAUGGCAAUGCAUCCUGAAAUCCAAGAGAAAGUGCUCGAGGAAAUUAGGGCAGUUGUCACUGAUCCGACUAACGUCAAGUAUGAGGAGUUAGGAGACUUAAAGUACACCGAAAGGGUAAUUAAAGAGACCAUGAGACUCUUUCCCACAGUACCAGCAAUUGCUCGAGUGGCGAGUGCUCCAUUUCAGUUGAGACAAUUCACAAUUCCCGCCAACACACACUUUGUCAUUAGUAUCUUGACUCUGCAUAGAGACAAAGAGGUGUGGGGACCCAAGGCUGACCAAUUCGAUCCGGAUCACUUCCUGCAGGAGAACUUUGAGAAAGUUCACCCCUAUGCCUAUGUCCCAUUCAGUGCUGGUCCCAGAAACUGCAUCGGCAUAAAAUAUGCAUACAUGUUGAUGAAAGUUCUUGUGGUGCAUCUUGUGAGCAAUUUUAAGUUCGAAACCAGCCUAUGUCUUCCAGACCUCAAUCAUCGUGUAGACAUCACAUUCAAACUAAAUAACAAGCAUAUGGUGUCAGUUCUUCCGAGGAAUAAUUAUCAAUUUUAUCCGCUUCUGGCCAGAGAUCUUCACGUACAGCCAGCCGGAUUGCGAAUGAUGAUGCAAAAAUGCAUCAUGGGCAAGGUACUCGAGUAUGUGUGCGAGAUGGUGGACUCUAAGGCGUGUGCUAUCAUCGGACGCCCAAGUUGUAUUCCCGAUUCAACUCUUGCGGACCAAUGGGCGAUCAACGCAAAUCUUCCGGGUGAGAAUCUCCAGUUUUCACGCGAUUUUUCCCGGAAAAUGUGGGUAUUUUUUGUGCUCAUUAUUUCUGCCAUUAUCUUGAGGCACCUCUGGACCAAGAAAGAACUCUACAAAUUAUCAUGGAAAAUGCCUGGGCCCUUUGUCAUUCCCUUGAUUGGGAACUAUCAAACGACCUUUGGGGUCUCCAAUGAAGGUCUGUUAAAAAUAGUGCAAUACCUCACAUCAAGCUUCAAGGGCCCUUGUAGAUGGUGGAUUGGGACGACUAUGUACGUCAUUGUUAAGAGUCCAGAAGAUAUGCAGACUGUCCUUAACUCUCCUCAGUGUUUAAGUCGUGCGGAAGUUUAUGAAUUCUUGAGGUCUUUCGGAGGGGAAGGUUUAGUUGCUCUUCCAGAAUCUGAGUGGAAAGUUCAUCGAAAGCUGCUCAAUCCAACCUUCAGCCUCAAGAUCCUACAAACCUAUAUGCCAAUAUUCAAUAAGGAAGUCAAGGUAUUGGUCUCAAGGCUUAAAGGACUUACUAACAAGAAGGACGCUACGGAUAUUUAUACCUAUAUGGAUGCCCUAACUCUUGAUGUUGUCUGUCAAACAACUAUGGGUACGGAGAUGCACAUUCAGAAGAAUCAGAACAUUGAAUACUUGGAUGCUGGUAACAAUUUAUUGUCCAUAAUUACAACGCGAAUGUUCAAUCCCCUUCUCCAUUGGGACUGGAUCUUUCGGCUCACACCAUUCUACUGGGUUGAAAAAAAGAGUUCUGACAUCACCUUUGGAUUUGUCGACAAGAUUCUUCAGAAAAAGAAGAUCAACUACAAGCCCCCUGAAACAUCAAAGUCGGAUGAUGAUGAUGAUCUUCCACUCAAAACGCCUCAAAUCUAUAUCGAUCAACUUAUGAAGCUCCGAAUGGUCGAAAAGAAGUUCAAUGAUCGGGAUGUGGUCAGUGAAGCUAACACAAUUGUGGCUACCGGCUUCGAAAGCACAGCUCUCGUUAGUUCUUAUUGCAUUCUAAUGCUGGCCAUGUUUCCAGAACAUCAACAGAGGAUUUACGAAGAAAUUAAAUCCAUCAUGCCUAAUAAAGAAGAUGAUGUUCAGUACGAUGAUUUUGGAAAAUAUGAGUUUCUAGAGAGAUUUGCUAAAGAGACAAUGCGACUCUUUCCAUCUGUUCCCUUAAUAGCCAGGACAGCAAGUGCACCUUUUGAAUUAGGAGAGUACACCAUUCCUACUGGAACUAAUAUCGUCUGCGCCAUAAGCAUGAUGCAGAGGGAUAAGACAGUCUGGGGUCCAAAUGCAGAUAAAUUUGAUCCGGAUCAUUUCCUGCCUGAGAAUCUCGAGAAGGUCCAUCCAUACGCCUAUCUCCCCUUCAGCGGUGGUCCAAGGAACUGCAUUGGAAUCAAAUAUGCCUACAUGUUUCUCAAGACAAUCCUCAUUCACCUAGUGAGCAAUUUUAAAUUCCGGACGGAUCUUAAAAUGAGCGAAUUUCGUCAUCGGAUGGACAUAACGUUCAAGCUCAUCAACAAGCAUAUGGUGUAUGUUGAAAAGCGAGAUGCAUAAAAAUAAUAAAUCAAUUUAAAGUGUG